CCCUUCCUCUCUCUCUGGACUUGAACAAAACUCUAUUUACUGUUCUCUCUCUGCAAUCUGAAAAUAAAUUGCUUCCAUUUCUCCCACGCUUAUCUCUCGACACAUUUUCUGCACUCAUUAAAUCUCUCUUUCUCUCUCUCUACCUCUCUCUACAUAUAAACCUUCCAUAGAGCUUAGAACUCAUUGGUCAUUUCAUUCUAAUUCUAGUGAUGGGUGCGAGUCAUUCGAGCCCUACUGGCUCUAUCCAUGACUUCACAGUCAAGGAUGCGAAGGGAAAUGAUGUUGAUUUAAGCAUUUACAAAGGGAAGGCUCUUCUGGUAGUAAAUGUUGCUUCGGAAUGCGGAUUAACUAAUUCUAACUACAAGCAAUUGAACGAGCUCUACCCUAAGUACAAAGAUCAAGGUUUCGAGAUAUUAGCUUUUCCUUGCAAUCAGUUCCGUGGUCAGGAGCCAGGGACCAAUGAGCAGAUUGUGGAGACCGCUUGCACUCGCUUCAAAGCUGAGUUUCCAAUAUUUGGCAAGAUUGAUGUGAAUGGCAAGAAUGCUGUACCUGUUUAUAAGUUCUUGAAAUCAAGCAAAACUGGUUUCUUCGGUGAGGGUAUCAAGUGGAACUUCACCAAAUUUUUGGUUGACAAAGAUGGGCAUGUAGUGGCCCGAUAUGCGCCCACCACUUCUCCAUCGAGCAUUGAGAAGGAUAUAGAAAAGCUCAUUGCAGCUGCCUGAAGUUCAUCAAGGCACUACAUCUGAUUCAGUUUGCUCUCUUCUGUGGUAUUGAAUAUUUGGGGUCUAUGUUUUUUUUUGGAGCUUGUUUGAACUUAAAUUUCAUAGGUAAUAAGGAAGGUCCAAAUUCACAGUUAUAUGACUUGUUAUGUUGAUUAAAUCUCCCAAAGGGUUGUUGUAUAGCUGUGUAUAAUCGUUUGAGUUGUGGUGCUUGUAUAUUUUAAAAAUGUAAGUUGAUAUAAUGUAAUUUUUUUCUAUUUGAUAUGUAAAAUGUGAUUGGUGUACAACAAGAAAUAUAUUUGGAGGUUGGGAAGUUCCAAAGCGUA